AAUAACAGUGUAACUGAGCAAAGUAAACAAACCCGAUGGAGUGUCCGGCGAGUAACGUGAGUGAAUUAACGCUCGUGUGCAUUGAAUUGGCUGCUAAACUAGAGGAAAUAGCGGCCACAGAGGAGAAGGAGGCAUGCAUCGUGGAACACAUAGCCCAGUACAGCCGGGAGAAGGUGCACAUGGUGGAUUUUGACAGCGGCCUAGAGUGGUUCAACGUGACACGCCCCCUCACUGUUGGCGGCGAUCUGCAUGGUCGCAUCACUGUGCUGGACUUCUUCACCUAUUGCUGCAUCAACUGCAUGCACAUCCUGCCAGACUUAGAAGCUCUGGAGGCCCUGCAUCCUCCUUCUGAUGGGGAGGUGUUGGUGAUUGGUGUUCACUCUGCAAAAUUUGAGAAUGAACGACUCUCAGAAAACAUACUGGCAGCCAUUAAUAGAUAUGGCAUCCAUCAUCCAGUUGUCAAUGAUCCCCAGGCCAAGAUGUGGAUGGGUCUUGGCAUCACCUGCUGGCCUACCCUUGUUAUACUGGGUCCUUGUGGUGAGCCUCUGUUUGUUCUGGUUGGUGAGGGGCACAGGGAUAGACUUCAGCUCUAUGUCAACACUGCAAUUAAACAUUUUUCAGGCUCUGGGAGCCUCAAGAGAUCCCCAGUGCCCAUAGUUCCUUCAGAACACUGCCAGGCCUCAAACACUGUUCUGAGAUUCCCCGGCAAAGUUGCUGUUCACCCAAGAGGAGUCAUUGUGUCAGAUUCCGGCCACCACAGGCUCCUCCUCACUGACAACCAGGGGAAUGUGAUGCAAAUAGUUGGGUGUGGGGAGGCAGGUCACCAGGAUGGCCAUUUCUCCUCAGCCAGGUUCACCAGCCCACAAGGAGCAGUCUACCAGCACCCGGACACUGUUUAUGUGGCUGACACAGGGAACCAUCGGAUUCGGAAGGUGGACAUUGCUAACCAAACAGUGAGCACCAUUGCUGGCACUGGGGAGAAGGGGACAGACCAUGAAGGUGGCAAUGUGGGCACUACUCAGGCUAUUUCAUCACCAUGGGACGUCUGCCUCACCAGGAGCCUUGACCGAACACCUGAUGAGACUGAAAACCUCCUACUGGUGGCCAUGGCAGGGACACACCAGAUCUGGGGAGUGUUUCUGUCAGAGGGAAAGUGGCACAAGGGGAGCUCAUAUGGAGAAGGAACUGUGGUGAGACUCGCAGGCAGUGGGGCGGAGGAGAACAGAAACACGUCCUAUCCCAUCCGUGCUGGCUUUGCACAACCAUCAGGACUUGCCUGCUGCUGUGUGGUGGGAAAGACAGAACUCUUCAUUGCUGACUCAGAGAGCUCUGCCAUCAGGAAGUAUGACCUGAAGGAUGGGAGUGUGAAGGCAGUGGUUGGUGGGGCUCGAGACCCCCUCGAUCUGUUUGCCUAUGGUGAUGUCGAUGGAAAAGGUGUUGAGGCGAAGCUGCAGCAUCCCAUGGGAGUGACUUCAAUAGGAGAAGCCAUCUAUGUGGCAGACUCUUACAACAGUAAAAUCAAGGUCAUACAACCAUCUGGCAAAACCUACACAGUGUCUACAAUAUCUGAGACUGACUCUGCUAAACUGAAUGAGCCAGGAGGGGUGUGCGCAGCUCCUGAUGGCUCCAGUCUGUACAUAGCAGACACCAACAACCAUGCCAUUAAGAUUCUGUCCCUCACAGAUCAUUCUAUACGCGAGUUCCCUGUGCUGAUGGUGGAUGAAGGAGACAGUUCCAGCCAAGACUUGCUGAAUGGCAACAUUGAGACAGGUGUGGAGAUGGAGGAGGUGGUGGUCAGUGUCCCAAGUGAAGGGGCAGAGGAAAUCACCCUGCAGAUCAAGCUGAACCUCCCUGAGGGUGUUUCUCUUAAUGAGGCGGCUCCCAACAAGUGGAAGGUUGAAAGCCAUGAUCCAGGCCUGAUCUUGCCAGCCUCCCAGGGCAACCUCAAGCAGGGCACUGAGCUCAAGGUGGGUCUUCCAGCAGCUGGUGACACUCCAAGCCGUGACUUGAUCAUGUCCUGCACAGUAUUCCCGUGCCUUGCCAGUGGUGUGUGUGUCAUGGCCACCGUUGCCAGGUGUGCUGUCAGGCUCACUCACACUGAGGGGGAAGUGUCCACCAGUAAGGAUGUCCCCAUCAAUAUCAGGCUGAAGCUUUAAUAUUUCAGAAGAUUCUUUCCACACAUCUCAGCACCAGGGACUGAUUUUGUACUAGUUGUAUGUAGUGUACCUAAUACUACACCCUGGAUUAACUUGAACAUUUGAAGGUAUUAUGUAUAGUCUUUCUAACCAUGUUACCAUUUGUUUAUAUUUUAAAAUAUUUUAUAUAUUAAUAAAUAUAUAUUUACA